AUUUUUGCAUUGAAAAUUUUCUUGAUUACAUGUCGUUGAAAAAUUAUCAGAAAACAUAACAAAGCAUUUCGAAUUCAAAGUUCAUCGCAGAUAUUCAUUAAUGUUCAAGAAUCAAGAUAUUUUCCAAAUAAUAUGAGAUAUCACCGUACAGAUUAUUCCUAUCGAGAAAUAAUGAACUCAAAUUGUGUUUUAUUGUUGAGAUGGAUAUACUCUAUAGUACCUUCCUUGUAAUGAUUUAUCGAGCAUGUAUUUAUAGCGUACUCGAAUAAUUAUUUUUGUGAUGUAUAUUUCGCUCAGUUGAUAAAUAAAUCAUAAUCAAAGUUAUGGAUUUCAACAAUGAAGAAAAUGUUCAAAAAGUGAGCUUCUUGAAGCCAAAUUGGUUCACAUGGAAUAAGUUUUCGGAGCCAAUGUUAAGAACUUUGGAGAAGAAAAUAUUCUCAAUUUUGAAGGUGCCUUAUAGAGGUUGGUACGUGGAUAUUGGUCCUGUCGUAGGCUCUGCAGAUAAAAUAUGGACAAUUUCUAUGAACACAGAAUCAAAGAAAACUCCUCUUGUAUUACUUCAUGGAUUGGGGGCUGGUGUAGCAUUGUGGUGCCUCAACUUGGAUGCUUUUGCAUCUACUAGACCAGUAUAUGCUUUUGAUUUAUUAGGAUUUGGUAGGAGCAGUAGACCUACUUUUAGUACUGACAGUUUAGAGGCUGAAAGACAGUUGGUUGAUUCUCUAGAAGAAUGGAGGAAGGAAAUGAAAUUAGAAGAGUUCAUUUUUCUUGGUCACAGUUUGGGUGGUUUUUUGGCUACUUCCUAUACAAUCAGUUAUCCCGAGAGAGUGAAACAUUUAAUUCUUGCAGAUCCCUGGGGUUUUCCUGAAAGACCUCGAGAUUUAAGUGAUAUGCCUUUGUGGGUAAGGGCAUUAUCAACUGUAUUAACGCCUUUCAAUCCUUUAUCAGGGAUUCGAGCUGCUGGUCCAAUAGGACCUUGGUUCAUAAAUGUCAUUCGUCCUGAUAUCACCAAGAAGUAUGCUGGUUCCAUUGAUGAAUCCCUUAUACCAAAAUAUAUUUACCAGUGCAAUUCUCAGACCCCAAGUGGAGAAAGUGCAUAUCAUUGUAUGAUGUCUGAAUUUGGGUGGGCAAAAAACCCUAUGGUGAAACGUAUUGAUCAACUCAAAGAAGAUGUACCCAUAACUCUUUUGUAUGGAUCAAGAUCAUGGGUAGAUCAUUCUGCUACCAGUGUAAUAAAAGAAAAAAGGUACAAUUCAUACUUCAGAUUGAAGGUUAUUCCUGGAGCUGGACAUCAUGUAUAUGCAGAUAAACCUGAAAUUUUCAAUCAAAUUGUGUUGGAUUGUUGUCGAGUUGCUGAUGGAGAAGCUACACAGCUGGCAAUAGAAGACAAACCCCAGGAUGAGGAAACAUCUACAAAAUACAAAUUCACAUCAUUUCACAGUGAGAUAGAGAAAGAUCAUUGAUUGAAUUCUGAAACAAUUAUAUUUGAUUUUUGAUAGUAGCUAGAACGAAUUAUUUAUUUAUGAACGAAAUUUUCAAAACUAAUGUACAAAUAAAAAUAUAGGUUAUAUUAUGGUAGAGGGAAAUAACUACGUAUAACCUUGGUGGUAUGAACUGUUUUGAAUUUCCUCUCUUUGUUGAUUUUAAGGAAUUAUGUAGAAACUUCCAUGCUAGUAAUGAAUAUAGUUCCAAUAAUUUUUUUUUGGAUCAUUCAAUUGAUGUAUUAUAAUUCUUUGUGCAAGGAAGGUUGAAAGGAUGUGAAAACUACUGGGUUGAUUAUAAAUAAUGUGCUAAAUUCUACCUGGAGAAGAGUUGGAAAGUUUUAACUGAAGUUUUAUCAUGUUUUUAGUGUUGUGAGUACAAAUUCAGGUAAAAUGUAAUUGUUCCUCUAACAAAUCGUUUUUGUUGAUUACUAAUAUAAGGAGAUGUUAAAGUGAUCGAUGUAUUCUUGUUAUUUGUUUACUUUAGCAACAUGUAUUAUAUUACUGUGACUGUCAGUAUCAUUCUGUGAUAUUUGUUGUUAAGUUGAUUUCCACUUUGACAGAUUUACAAGUUAUUAAACAUUUGAUCAAACUCAUUAUAUUUUGUAAAUGUUUAUUAAUAUUAGUUCAUAUAAAUAAACAAAAUCAAUAGAAAA